UGGUAAUCUAAAUUGCUGUGACUUAUUAAAAUUAUAAACUUAAAACUAGGGCAACUGGGGAUGUACACUAGAGUUCACAGGAAACCCACAACAAUAAUCCAGAAUUUUUACAUCUAUGUAAAUUGUGUAAUGCAAAUGACAUUACACCAAUCAACAACUAAAUGAGAAAUUUCUGAUUGAAGUCAGCAUGAUAAAGUAAUCUUUCAUACUUAACCGUUCAGAAAUCGUUACAAAAAGGAGUGACUAGUGCAACAUCCCAGAGGGGUCGAUCCAAAUGUACAGUAAACUAGUGGCAAAUUAAUCUCAUAGGCAUGGACUGUAUAAACGGCCACGUAAAUUGCCAUGAAACCGAAAAAUUGUACGAGAUAAGCGUAUCGGUGGGCGACCGCCCUCUCCUGAUCAUAGCUGGGUUGCAUGCUCAAACACAUUUAGAAAGUGAAACUGAAAAGCACACCUCGGAAAGUAAGGAGAAGUCUGCUGUCAUGAUGGCUGAGGGAGGGCUUUUGGAUUCGUUGGAGGGAGUUAAAGAGGAGAUCAUCAGGCAAAAGGUUCUAUACGAUAAGUUGAUUGAGGAGCAGGCGCAGCUGUUAAAGACCAAUUCUGAACGGGAACAACGGACCAAGGAAUUCAAGGACCGCUUUGUAAAAAUCACAGAACGACUGGAACAGGACAAGGAACAACACCUGGAAACCCUAAACUCUCACAAGAGAAAACGUGACUCCCUGAUGCAGGAAGAGGAAGAACUUCUUGAAGAUCUCAAAGGGACCGAAACAGCCUUAGAAGAGCAGGAAAUCAAAGAGGCCGAGGUCGAAGGUGCCACCAAUGUGAACACCAUGGUGCCCAAGAGGGAGGUAGUCUUCCGCGGUGCCACAGCGGCUACUGGGAAUCCACAACUCUUUGACGUGAAGUCUCGCAUCAAGUACCCCAUGGAGGGUGGGACUGCGCUGAUCACGUUUGAAGACGAAAUAGUGGCUCGGAAGAUCCAGUCCCUGCAGACCCACAAAGUGACCCUGGAGGGGGAAUGCUACAUCACGGUAGAUGCCCACCCCGUCCAGCUGAUGGUCCCCACCUUGGUCCAGAUGGACACCAGGGUGUGUCCCCGCAGCAUCCUGGUGUCCCAGCUGCCGGACGUGCCGGACGUGGACAGUGAGGUCAUCCUGGACAAGCUGGAGAUCCACUUCGGCAAGAGCUUUAACGGCGGCGGGGAGGUGGCCAGCAGACAUUUCCAGGAGGACACGAGGAAUGCCGUGCUCGUCUUCACAAAUGACAAAAUUGCCCUGGGCCUGACCCAGAAGGAGAACCACGAGGUGUCAUUUCCCAAAAAAUCGAAGCACAAAGUGAGGGUGACCCCUUUCGUCAACGGAACCAUCACUCGUGUAGAGACCAAGGCAUUGGCGUGCCCCCGCACUGUGCUGCUGACCGGUAUUCCUGGCGUCAUGGAUGCCGACUGUCUGCAGGACACGCUGGAGAUCUUCUUCCAGAAGGGCAGCAAUGGCGGCGGGGAGAUAAGCAACGCACUGUACAACCCCCCAGGCCAGACCGCGGUGGCCCUCUUCGAUCAAGACACAGGGAUCUGACGCGUUCCCGUCUGAUGGGUUAUGAGACUUCCAUGUGUCCUAUGGUGCCUUUAAAACACGAAGGGCGGGAAUGUACGAUGACUUCAUGUCGGAGCUCAUGAGUCCUUUAUUAACCUCUUCACCGCAAAGCCUAUUUCUGAGCUUUUUUCUGAAAACAUGCAGUAAAAAGGUAAAUGGAGUAUAUCUCCUUAACCGCAAGGGCUAUAUUAUGUAUAAUAAUAUUUAAUCAUGUUACCAAACAAAACACAGGUAACACCUGUGAGAUUGUUGUAUAUGUGGAAGAAAUCACGUUGGAUAAUACUUGGUUGGGGGGAAUAAAGUUAGAACACAGCACAAGUCGAAGAUUCUAUUUCCGCCUGAAUUUAAAAGAGUCCAAUCUUUCUAGUGGUGUAUCACAAGACGACUAGCUCAUGUGUUUUAAUGUCUUACGUCUUUGAAUUGUGGGUGAUUAAAUAUUUGAUCGGCUUUGGUUUAUCUGCGAGGAGUAUUCAAAUAUUAUCGACUUUUGUUUGGAGAUAGUUGUUAAAAACAUAGUUAAGAAGGAAAAUGUAGGUUUAAUGACUCUACAAAUUAUGUAAAAAGAAAGUAAUUAACAUAUAUUUGUCCUUCCUAUGAACACAAGUAUUUAGAAUUAUACAAUCGGCUGAUUCAGCCAUUAUCUUACUCUGUGGGGAACACUAUUAAUAGUUUUUAAAAGCCUGUAAUCGUCUCAAUCGAUUAAUAAAAAUAUAAAUUCAAAAACGGUUUGUUUCGUAAUAUUGGCGCUAUUGUUUGGGUGAACACACUGUGAACACAGUGUGCCUUCAAAAAGGCAGAGACAAAAUGCAUGAAAACGGGGAAAGAAAACUACAACAGCAUCCAGAGUAGGCCUACAAGUCAGGUUUAUUGGAAUACA